AUGAUCGCCUCAUGUGCAGCUCAGCUGUCCCUUCGGGCAAGUCGGCAGGCAUCUCAAAUUUUGCUACGGGAUACACGGAUUCCCAUGAGAUGUAAUGCGUUCCGGGCGGAGGCUCUUCAGAGAAGUGGACUCCACUGCAUGGCCACAAUCCGGCCUUCCACAUUGAGCCAGAUGCCAACUGGCGGCCUGAAGAGCCAGGUUUGUCUCCGGACCACCACUCUCAUUCCCCCAUCAUUCUUCGCCCAGCAAAGAUGGUCCGGGUCAAAAUCUCCAGAAGAAAACAAAACCCCUGAAACAUCUGAGCCUCCUAAGAAAAAACCCAUUCUGGCGCGAAUUCCCCUCGCCAGCUCACACGAGAAUAUCUACACUGUCCCGAACAUUCUCACCUUUUCCCGGCUACUAGCGGCCCCUUUGGUUGGGUAUCUCCUGGUACACAACUACCACACAGCCGCGCUAUCCCUGUUCGCAUACGCAGGCAUCACCGAUCUCGUCGACGGCUAUAUCGCCCGGCGUUAUAACCUCCAGACGGUGGUUGGAACCAUCAUCGAUCCUAUGGCUGAUAAGCUGCUGAUGACGAUUGGAGUCGCGUGUCUGGCUGUUAACGGGUCUCUCCCUGUUUGGUUGACCGUGAUCAUCCUCGGUCGGGACGUUGGUCUCGCGAUGUCCGCCAUCUACUACCGCUGGAUAUCUCUCCCUGAACCUAAGACCAUGGCCCGGUAUUGGGAUUUCUCGCUCCCAUCGGCUGAGGUUAAGCCUACUGAGAUCUCAAAGAUCAACACUGCUCUGCAGCUGGUGCUGGUUGGUAGCGCGAUCGCACUGCCUGUAGUUCCCGAAGCGUUUGUUAGUGCUUGGCAUUUGAGCGAGGCCAUGACUGGAUUCCAGUACCUGGUCGCGGGCACCACCCUCUGGUCAGGUCUCAGCUACGUCUUUUCCAACAACGCGGUAAAGAUCCUUUCCAAAGAAGAGAUCCAGAAGCGCAUCGCCCAAGCCGCGGCCAAGCGCAAGCCUUAA